UGAAUGUCCAACGGAGGCAGGUUCGAGUUUGACGAUGGCGGCUGCUAUGUGGGAGACUGGGAGGAGGGCCGGGCGCAUGGCUACGGCGUAUGCACAGGCCCCGGGGCCCAGGGGGAGUACAGCGGGCGCUGGAGCCGCGGCUUCGAAUCCCUGGGCGUCUACACCUGGCCCAGCGGGAACACCUACCAAGGCCACUGGAGCCAAGGGAAGCGGAGCGGGCUGGGCGUGGAGCGCAAGAGCAAGUGGAGCUACAAAGGGGAGUGGAGUCAUGGGCUGAAGGGGCGCUCCGGCGUCUGGGAGAGCCACUCGGGAGUGAUCUAUGAAGGCAUGUGGCGCGAGGGCCUGCAGGAUGGCUACGGCAUGGAGACGUACGCUGACGGAGGGACCUACCAGGGCCAGUGGCAGUCUGGCAAGCGGCACGGCUACGGCGUUCGCCAGAGCGUCCCUUACCGCCAAGCCGCCCUGGUGCGCUCGCCGCGCCGCACCUCUCUGGAGUCGCUCCACAGCGAGACCGACCCCAAUGCCCCUGCUCCGCCCCUGCCGCCCCCUCCUCUGCCCCCUCCGCCGCUCCCCGGGGACAGCCCGGCCUCGGGGUCCAGGGGCGGCUUUGUCUUGGCCUUCCCUGGUGAUCCGGACUUCCCCAAGGGCGCCAAGAAGAAAUCGGGGGGCUUCUUCCGGCGUUCCCUGCUCCUGAGCGGGCUGCGGGUGCGCAGGGCCGAGUCGAAGGCCUCCUUGGGGAGCAAGCGAGGGUCCCUCAAGAGCGAGGCCGGGGUCAGCUCGGCCGGGAGCGAGGCCACCACGCUCAGCUAUGCUGAGACGGAGCCCCCGGAGCUGCCAUCGACGCUGACCAUCGAGGGCUCUUCCACCGAGGUCUACGCCGGAGAGUGGCGCGUGGACCGCCGCAGCGGCUACGGGGUCAGCCGCCGCUCCAACGGGCUGCGGUACGAGGGCGAGUGGCUGGGCAACCGCAGGCACGGCUACGGCCGCACGACCUACCCCGACGGCUCCAAGGAAGAGGGCAAGUACAAGCUCAACCGCCUGGUGAGCGGGAAGGUGAAGAACCUCAUCCCGCUUCGCCGCAGCAAGGUCAAGGAGAAGGUGGACCGGGCUGUGGAAGUGGCCAGGAGGGCGGUCAGCAUGGCCCGGCAGAAGCAGGAAGUGGCCAUCGCCAGAGCCGCUGACGCUCGUCUGAAGGCUGCCGCCGCUCUGGGUGCAGCCGAGAAGGCCCUGGAAGCCGCCCGCCUGGCCAAAAUUUUGGCUCAAGAACUGCAGCCCAUCUUAGCCGAGCCAGAGCCCCGCGGCCGGCUAGAUUCGGAAGGCACCGACACGGACUUCCAGGAGUACGACAGCCCCCGGGUCUACGAGAACGGCAUCACCCCCUCCGACGUCACCCCGGACCCGAGCUUGCCCCCCAGCUACCCUCCAACGCCGCUGCAGCCCUGGCGGGGGGACCCUCGGCGGACUUGGCCCCCCCUGGAGAACGGAGGCCCCCGCCAGCACCUCCCCCCGGAGGCCUCCGACCCUGAGGACGAGUGGGGCUGCCGGGGGAGCUUCCCUUCCCGGACACCGGGGUUCGUCCCCGAGGGGCUGUGGGAGGGGGAGCAGGAGCAGCUCAGCAGCUACGAGGCGGAGGAGGAAGAUUACGAAGGGGCACCCCCACGGCGCCCCCAGCUGGGCAGCCCCGCCAGCGGCAGUUCCGGCAGUCUCCGGGAGGAAGAGGAGGAGGAGGAAGAAGAGGAGGAGGAAGGAGCAGCGGCUUCCAGGCCUUAUCCUGCGGAGACCCAGGUGGAGCCAACGCCGGCAGUAGGUCCGGGGACCCCAGAGCUGGAGAGCGAGGAACUGCCUGGGGGUACAGGAUGCUUCGUGGCAGAGAGAGAGGAGCCCCCUGGAGCUGUGCGGAGAAGGGAGAGGCAGGGAGCCCACCCAUUGGUCGUUGCUGCUGUCCUGUUGAUUGAUGUGAGUCUGGCCUACCUAUUCUCCCUCCUCCUCACUUGAGAUGGGUGGGGGCAGAGGGGGUGCCUUUGACCCCGUUCCCCCCCCAACGCCCCACGACGACGGUUUGGUAACAGACUCCGAUCUCCUCCAUCCUCUGCCUUUCUUCCUGGAACCCCCCCCCCUUUCUCUUUUUUCACUCGUCUUUACACCCCCCAACCCUUUGCUGCCUCCUUCCCCCCUCCUUGACCUUUCUAGAUUGUUUACAUACGAAGGGCUCUCUUUCUACUGGAGAUUUCACUGUUUUUUCUUGCUCUUUUUCCUGGUCUUUUCACCCCAGCUCCAUAAUCCAUCUUUCUUAACCCACACUUUGAAACUCGGGGCGGGUGGGGGGGUCUUUUCACAAUUAUCUUAAUGUGGGGAGUCGAGACCAAGGGGGCGAGUUUUGAGCCCUGUGGGGUUUUAAAACAUUUUUGGGGACCACGGACUGCAGGGGACCCCAGUCUUGCCUGCCUGCCAUGAAAUUGCAUCCCUGUUGUCUCCUAAGGAGUCGAUUCAGAACUCUCCCCCCACCGUCUAAAGAAGAUUUGGGGGGAUUGAAACUUAACAAAGCCCUGCCCCCCAACCAUUCCAGUACACAUGAACAUUAAUCCCCCCCUCAAGAGAUGCUCCACACAAGUAUAAAGAAGGGGGGGGCAAUCUGUUUGCUUAAAGAAAAGGAUACCCAAUUCGUAUUUGUUCCCUCCUCACAUUUUUUUUCCUACCAGCAGAUGGCGCCGAGAGAAA